CACACUGUGAGAGAAGGAGACAUGGAAGGAAAGCUGGGAUUGUCACAGAAGUCAAAUUGUGUCAUCCUCUUCAGAGCCGUGUGACGCAGAGUUUAUUAUGGAGGACGUGAAGCCUGAGGGCUGGCGGCAGCUACUUCAGCCCCAUGGUGCAGCUGGCAAAAACAGCACGAGUCUCCUUCGCAGAUCCUCAUCAUGGAGGAGGCCUGGGGAGCGGGGUUAUUAUGAGGGCCCCGCAGCGCAAGUGAAUGAGCCCCCUUGCGGAGCUCGUCCGCUGAGCUGCAUAGAGGGUGGCAGGAUGGACAAAUGGCUUCAGACACUGGAGAGACUCCAAUCACGUUGGCUUCAGAAUCAAAUACCUCAGUUUGCAGACAGGACGGUAUCAAUGCCAGUUCUCCCGAAUGAGACGGCGGGAAGUAACCCACUAUGUCCUGAUGUUUCCUCUCUGCGCAGGAGGAAUCAGACCCCUAGCGUCUGUCCCAGUGUGUGUGAAAGCUCCUCGAGCAGCCUGGAGUCUGUUCACAUUAAAGCUGCUCCUGCUGCAGAAAGAGCUCAGUUCUGCGCUCUCGCUCCAGUUCGCUUCGGCUGGCUGCCCAUACAAAGACAUGUGAUACUGACGGACAUCUCUGACAAGCACCAUGACAACAGUAGGUGCCAGCAGAAACUGAAGUCUCCCAUCACUCCAGUGUUGCUCAGCACUCCUGCCAAACUUAAUGGACCAAGACCAAAUGACAGGGAAACUUCGAGGCCUGAACCUGUAGGCUUUACAUACUGGAGGACACCUGAAAAAACACCAUCCAUCCUCCAUCAGGCUUCGGGAUCUGUGAGCUCCGAGGGAGGACGAAAUGGACCGCAAGCCUGGAAUCCGAAAGCCGAGAUGGACACAUGCCACGCUGGACCACAUCCCAUGUUGAGAAAUCCCGCAUGCAGGCGUGGAAGCGUGCCGGAGUCCUUCAGCUCCUCAAUAUCGUCCAUCACUAUCACUUCCAGGAAGGUCACGCACACAAACUCCAGGCCUCUGAGUCCAGUGACGAAUAGCCUCGCCGAUGGACGAAGAAAAGCUUUAGUGGUAAAAGUCACUGAACAGAGGACGAAAAGCACUUCCAGCCUGCCCAUCGCCUCGACCUCUGGCUCUGAUCGUGAAGAGAUGGAUCACAGCGUGGUACUGAGAAUAAAGGCAACCAUUGUGAAAAUGACCGAACAGAGAGAGCGUUUCAGUACAGCGAAAUACAGACACAGCUACACUGAAGGACUCCAUAAUGAAUCUAAAGUCAAUCCCUCACCAUUAAACCAACCGUUAACUAUAUCUCUAGAGCCAGGAGGAAACCAGUGGAGGUCCCAGCACAGAUCUAGCCUGUCUCUCUACCUCAACAACCCAAACGAUAGCAGCGCAGCAGGGGAGAGCGACACCAAAACAUACAAGCCACCUCGAAGGCCUCUCAGCUGCGACGCAAGCCUGUUUAACCGUACAGAACUUGGCAGUAAUGCAGUUACACAUCCAGCGUUUCACAACAAGAGCUCUCCUGUUCCCCAGAAGACAAAUAUUGACCUUGUUAGUUCCAGCAGCAGCGAAGCAGGAAGGAGCUGGGCCUCCGGUGCCGAGGACGGGAGCGCAAGGAAAGAGGGGGAUCGUGAGGAACCUAUUUCAGGAAUCAAACCUCUCAUGCUACUAAAAGCAGCAGAUAACUCGGCUGAUCUGAGCGCAGACGCCGUCCUGGCCCUGAACGCCGUUGCGAAUAUCGCCAACAUAAAGCUGCAGGCCCAGCAGAGACGAACUACAUCCCACACAGCAACAGCAGUGUGUUUAACAGAGGAUAGAGGGCAAAAUGAACACAGAGAGCUCAAAGAAGAGGCUGCUGGUGCUGAUGGAAAGAACAAAACAUGUCCAGCAGAUCAAUGUGUGGAUUUUGUCCCAUUUGAGUCCCAAAAUGACCUUUCUGAAACUGCUUUGGCUCCACUGUCACUUAGCGAGGCUUUAGCGAUCAGACGGCCUGAUUUCAUCCAGCGCUCACAGGCCAGAGUUCGAGCCCUGGAGAGGAGGUCGCAGGAGAGGCAGAACUCCCACAGCUCACCGCAGACACUCGAGAGCGGAGAAAGCCUUGUGAAAUCCAAAGACAGAAGCAUCAUGGGAAAGAGUCUACAGCUGCGGUCCAGGAGGUUACUCAAGGGAGCUCGUCUGGAGUCUGUUUCACACCUGAAGAUAGCUGGUACAUUGACCCUGGGACGGGACAUCAAUCCCAGACCUCUGAAUUACGUCAACAAAGACCUCGGGGGCCCAUGA